UUUGGGGGAAUAUAGACUGGUGUGAGUAGUGUUGCAAAAAGCUAACAAUAAAGACGUAGAGAAUAAGUCUCUUGAACAAUAUGUCAAGUUGACGCAUGUUUUUACAUAGCAUGCUGUCGUCGUGCAGUGACGUUGUAUAAAUUAACAAUUGAAUUACUGCAAAAUGCCUUGGGAGGAUUUCAACAACGGUAGUUAUUACGAGCCACCUUCAUCAGCUACAUGCAUCACUGUACCCAGGCACAAUGUGACUAUCAUACCUGAUGUUUACGCUGGCAUCCCAGCGAAUCUACUUCUCAAUUUGAUAGGUUUUUUGAGUUUAGUGAUACUGUUCGGAUUGCUCAGGAAGAAAGCAUGGAACUAUGGAAGACUCGCUCUUCUCCAUAAAACUGAUAACAGAUGGAUGGAACUGUUUUAUGGAGAUAAUGAUGGCAUUGAGACCGAUGUGACGGCUGUAGAGGCGUCGAUUAAUACACAAUUAUCACAGAUUGACAGGGGCUGCUUCUCGUGGAUUGUUACGGCGUUUAGAGUCACUGACAAGGAGCUCUUCCGUCGUGCAGGUCCCGAUGGCCUCCUGUACAUCUCCUUCCAGCGUCACAUGAUAAUCCUCACAGCCAUGAUGACAGUCGUCUCCCUCUGCGUGGCACUUCCAAUAAACUACUCCGGCACAAUGCGAGACUCCAACGAGACGUUCAGUCACACGACCCUCUCGAAUCUCGACCCCACGUCCUCCUGGAUCUGGAUGCACACGAUAAUCGUCCUGUCGUACCUGCCCAUCGGCAGCUACGUAAUGCGACGCUUCAUAAAGCAGGUGCGAGACGCUCGUCCCUCGGGGGAACUGGCAGCUAGAACUCUCCUCAUCAGUGGAAUACCCAAGCACCAGUGCAACGUGGAGGGCCUCACUAGGUACUUCCAGGAGGCAUUCCCCACGCUGAGUGUGGAGAACGUCACGUUGGCUCAUGACAUUCGCAGACUUUCGGCCUUAAAUGCUGAGAGAGACUGCGCGGAGCAGGCGAGACUCUAUUGCGAGAGUUAUAACAAGAAGAAAGAGCCCUUGAACCUAUAUCCCUACCCCUGUGGACAGAUAAUCGGCUGUUGCUGCAAAACCGUCGACGCCCUAGAGUUCUACACAACCGAAGAAAUUCGCUUGACAGCCCUCGUCGAGGAGGAGCGCAAAGUGGCCCUCUCUCAACCCCUCGGCGUGGCGUUCGUGACCCUGGGGACCCCGGGGGCUGCGAGAACCAUGCGCAGAUCCCUCCGCUCAGCCCCUGCCAUCAAGUGGAUCGUGGACUACGCCCCGGCCCCCUCCGACAUCUUCUGGGAGAACCUCUGCAUCCCCAGGCCCUGCUGGUACCUCAACGCAGUCCUCAUCAAUUUCGCCCUCGGGAUAACUCUCUUCUUCCUGACAACCCCAGUCUACAUAGUCUCCAUUCUCAAUAAAAUCCCAAUCUUCCCGAAGCUCAUGAGCCUCAGUCCAGUCCUCUCCUCCUUCCUCCCAACAGUUUUACUCGUCAGCAUUGCUGCCCUCAUGCCAGCCCUCGUGGGGAGGUGCGAGGCCAUGGUGAGACACUGGACGAGGAGUGGAUUGAACAGGGCUGUCCUCAGGAAGACCCUGAUGCUGCUCCUCCUGAUGGUGUUGAUUUUACCGAGCCUUGGGCUGACCAGUGCCCAAGCAAUCCUUGAUUUCAAGGCUGGCCUGUGGAAUCAGACCAGCCGAUGGGAGUGUGUCUUCCUGGCUGAUCAGGGGGCAUUCUUCGUCAACUAUGUAAUCACAGCUUCACUACUGGGCUGCGCCCUGGAGCUCGUUCGAUUCUCCGAACUGGCUUUGUACACUUUUAGAUUGUGCAUCGCUAGGAGUCGAGCUGAGAGGGUUCACGUGAGGAAGGCAGUACUCUGGGAGUUCCCCCUGGGGGCUCACUACGCCUGGGUGCUUCUUGUGUUCACAAUGACGACAGUCUACAGUGUGAGUUGUCCCCUCAUCACACCUUUUGCCCUUAUUUACAUGCUUGUGAAGCACGUGGUAGAUCGACACAACUUGUGCUUUGCGUAUGGACCCAGUGUGGGAGGGGGACAACUGGCUAGUGCAGCUGCUGGAGCUGCUGGGGCUGCCCCCAUAAUUGCUCAGACGACUUUGCUGGCCCUGGGACUCGUCAGGAGGGGAUUGUCUCCACUCGCUGCCCUGCAGUUGAGUGGUCUCGCUGCUAGUGUCCUGGGACUCGUCACUGGAGCCACUCUGCCUGCCUCUAAACCCAAGGUUCAACCCCCGAAGAGGGAUCUGUCGACUGGCCAGAACUUUGUCGCUCCAGUGUUGAGGAAGAAGUAUGGGAAUUGCAUAGGGGAGGAGACUAUCUCCCCCUCCAACUCGGAGGUGACUGUCUCCACUGAUAGGAGCCCUGACGCUCACGAGAGUCCGAGGUUGUAUCAGAAUUAUGGCAGGGAUAACUGCUGAGGGGUGACUUUUUUGGAGAUCAUUCGUCUGAUGAUGGAGUUCAGUGGAAAGAAUUCGUUCAGGGGAUUUCAUGUGCGAAAAAUUAUUCAAUGGAAAAUAUUGUGUAGGGAAAAUCUAUAUAAUUUGAUCUUUCUGUUCAGCUUAUUCUAUUGAAAUAUUUUCUGUAGGAAUUCGUCGGUUCGAAGUUCCUAUUUCUUAUUUCAUUGUUUUUUAAUGAAAAAAGAGGAGAAAUUGAGGGAAAAAUGCAGAAAAUUCUGUCGAGGAAUUCUUGUAUAUUGAAAAUGCCUCGAUAGAAAAAAAAGUUGCACAAAAAAAUGAAAUUAUAUCGAUUUUUUCAAUAAGAUAGUUUCCAUUAGGGAUUUUUCAUUAAAAAACGCAGAGUAAAACUGCGAAAUUCUUCAGCAGAAUCGGCUAAAAACUAAUAGAUUUUUCAAAUGCAAAAUGUGACAAAUAUCUUCUCAUAAAAAUAGACAUUAUGACGUCAUAAUACAAUUUGUUGUCUUCAUCGCAAUGAAAAAAUUUUUAUUUCAUUCGACCUUUCAAAGUGACACUUCCUCCAGUGGUUGAGAAAUGAAAGGGAAAAGCUAUUGAGAUUAUUUAGCAUUAACUAAUCCAAAAAUAAUGCCAAGAAAUGCAGAAAUAAUUUUAAAAAAUCUCUCUGAAUUCGUUAAUCGAUCCAAUUUGCUCUAAAAAAUCAAGAAUUGAGACCAGAUAUCGAAUGAAUGAAGGGAAAAUAUCAUUAGACGAAUGAAAAUCGCGCAAAAUAUUCCCCCCAAUUGUAAAUUUGAUAUCAACCUGAAAAAUCCCUCUGGACUUCCAAAAAUGAACAUAAGAAUUCAAAGAAUUUCGAGAUCUGUAAGACGGCUGUAAAAUAUAUUAUAUAUAUUUAUAUAAACCUUAGGGUACUCGUGUUUACUACAAUUCCUGUAGUCCAUAACAAUCAAGUUGAUUGUAUCUGUUCAUUUUUUGUUUAUUAGUAUUAAACUACUCCGUUCUCGUACAAAAUGUAUUAUCCGAUUUUUCGAAGGAUUUUAUUGUGAUUCUGUGAGUGCAGAAUUAUUGUGAUUGAUGCAUUAAUUUCUUAAUUAUUUAUUAAUGAAGCUUAUAAUGUAUUAUUAAUUAAAUUUUUAAUUACACUCGUGUACAUAAUAUUAUACAAUAAAUCACUCAUUUGAAAGAUAAA